GUCAUUUAUUUAUGUCGUCUUAAAGGAAACCUUGAAAAAGAUGAACGCCUCACUACAAACUCACUUGACUGAAAUGGGCUUUUCAAAACAAGACGUUGAUAGAGCUGAAGCAGCUGGUUGUAGCACCGUUGACGAAGCAGUAAACUUUCUUUUCGAACACAAGUCAAGUACCAACAAAAGUACUAUUCAAAGAAUAGCGGGAACAGUCAACUUGGGAACCACUCAAACUAAGAAAAGUAAAGGUACCAAUCAUGGUCCACAACAAACUUCUAUUCGUGAAUAUGGUGAAGAUCAUACAGAAGGACCAUCCCUUCUCUUCUUUGCAGGCACGUCAAGUUUGUCCAACGGAAAGAAAAAGUCAAGUGAAGGAAAUAAACGUUCAAGCCAUUCAGGUUUUCCAACGAAUGGGUUGAGUAAAGAAAAGAAACCUUCUGAGAAUGACCUAACCAAAGCUCUAGCCAUUAGUAAGCGCGAAACGAGUCCUCCAGAAGAAAGACAGCCAUCAAACUUGGAAGACAAAGACACUCAAAGAGCCAUCGAAGAGUCUCUAAUGACAAGUGAUCCUCAUCAUGCGUAUUCGGUAUCUGAGCCUUUCGAUCCUUCGAGACGUAAGCGAAGUUCACCUUUUGCUCCCGUUGGUUUAAGGAAUGUUGCCAAUAUUUGCUAUGUCAACUCUCUGUUACAAGUAUAUUUUACACUUCCAGCUAUUCGGAAGGCAGUAUUUUCUUUUAAACACGAAGAAUUUGAGCAACUUAUGAAAGAGGCUGAGAACCAUUCACAACUUUUGGAAGAUGAGCAAGGAGGUUGUUCACUUGUUCAGCUCCGUAAUGCAGUUGACUUUGUUGUUGAGUUACAAAAUCUAUUUGGAAGAAUGGCAUUGAGUGAAGAAAAAUAUUUAGAUCCUCAACGACUCAUUGAGACCUUAAAGAGUGAUACUAAAUAUGGCUUACAAAUAGGUGGUCAACAAGAUGCUUCAGAAUUCAAUCAAAUCUUUUUAGAAUUGUUAGAAAUGGGAGUUUCAGCAACUCAACUACUUGAGAGAAAGCUCAAUGAUUCUAAGAAGAAUAUGGAAACUAAUUCUCAUGUAGAACAAAUAGUUGGCUCUCAUAAAAGUUGUGAAGACUCUAUCCAGUCAUCAUUCGAUAAUAUUGUGAAGAAUACAUUUACAUCGCAGUUGAAGCAAGAAAUAUUUGUAGAUUUUCGAGCUUUAGAUGAAGAACGAAAGACUAUCAAAGUUGCGGAACAAACUCACGAAACCAACUCAGUUAUUAUCGAUGCAACUACUCCAUCUGGAGAUGAAAGAAAUCUUUAUCGAGGAUUGGAUGAGUUGACAUGUUCUGAGAUAGAAUUUCAUAUCGAUAAAGAGUCCGAUGUUGUGAAGCAAUUGCCUCAUUCCAUGACAGAUUCUAUAGAGUUUUUCCGAUCUCCUUAUGUCAACAAGGGUGAUUUUGUAGAUUGGACUCAGUCAAGCAGCAUUCCAGCCUAUCAAAGAUUGUGGUUUGUUCAUAUUGCUCCGGUAGUAACCAUCUAUUUACAACGAGUUCGAUUCAAUAAGGAGACAUUGACGCCAGAAAAGGUUCACGAUUCGUUUCAUUUUCCAGGUUCUUUGAAAAUGAGUCAUUAUUUGGAACAUCAAAAGGAGGCUGCAGAAGAACUUCGAAGAAAGUCAGAAUUCUUGAGACAGCAAUUUCAGGAGACGAUAAAGAAGUUGAAUGAACAGCGAUGGUUUGGCUUUUUAAACGAAAGUGAGCAGCAAACAUUUCCUUUUAUGGAAACUUUAAAGUUUUCCAGUGCAUUGAACAGAGUAAUUCAACGAUUGCGUUAUCUUUCAGAAAUGAAUGAAAAUGAUUUUGACGUUUCUCAACAAGAAUUAGAAAGUUGUCUUUCUAUUUUGAAAAAGCUGAAUGAAAAGGAACUUGCUUUGGAGAAAAGACUUGUAAACAAAAAGGAACAACUUUUAGAAGAAGAACAAAGACUUGAUGUCUAUGGAGCUCCAGACAGUGGCCAUUAUUGGACUUUUAUCAAAGAUUGGUUUGCUGAUCAGUGGUAUAUGUAUAAUGAUGUUGUAGUGAAUGCAGUCUCUUGGGAUCAAGUUUUAUUAGAUUCUGUUGGUGGAAACAAAUUUGCGUCAGCUUAUGGAAUCAUUUAUAUUGAUGACUAUUUGGUAGAGUCUUUUCGUCAUUCAAGAGACUCUCAAAGUUCCUCUAUUGAUGGUCAGAUCUCGAUGGACUGUAAAUGGUAUUAUGAAAUUAGGAAAGAGGCUUAUGAGUUGCUUCCUCCCGAAAUUUUGGAACAAAUCAAAAAGGAAAACGACGCUUUCAUGAAUGAAUUGAAUCGUUAUGAUUGGAAAAAGAGUGAGCAAGAAUGGAAGCAAAGAGUGCAGGAACUGAUUCAACAGGCACAAGAGGCAAUGAAGACUUCAUUUAAGCAAAUCAAAGAUUCCGAUUAUAGUUUUAGAUAUUGCUUGUCACUUCUUCCCAAUUUUUGCUUAGCAACAGAACAAUAUGAUUUGGCUAUCUUCCUGAACUUGGCAGUCUCUUAUGCAAACUAUUCAGAAGCAACAACAAGUUUAUUGCACGAUAUUCAACGAUUGCAUCAUAAGAGAAAUAACCACAAUGGAAAUUCUUUGGAAGCUUCCAACUCUUUGUCGACAAUUUUGCAAAUGGAAAGGUUAUUGAGCCAAAUGAAGGAUUCUGAUUGGUUACAAAAUGGACAUACGGAUGAUCAUUACUCGACUCGAACGGUUAUUGCUUUAUUUUCGAAUAAGGACACGUGUCACUCCUUUGCAGAAAGACUUGAUUCAAGUAUGAUAGCCUAUCGAAUAGCCUUUAGAGCCACAAAAGUUUGUGAAGAAGGAUAUCGAGCUAUGUUAGAGAAGCAAUGGAUAUAUUCGAUAGAGCUGUGGAUUUAUUUUUGUCGCAAGUUCUUUAUCCGAGAUGAACAGCUUUCACCCUUGGUAUCCAAGAUGUUGGAUAACUUUGUGAGAAGACGUGAAAAAGGAAUGUAUCGAAAUAUUCAAGUAUGUCUUAUGUGUCUAUCAGAAGAACUUGCAGAACAGCUCAUGAAGCAGGUGUCAUCUGAUUCUUCUGUUUUAGAAAGUAAGGGAAUUGUGAUGGCAAGAUAUGCGACAAACUUAUUGGACAAGAAUGAUCCAGUGCUUCAUUAUCUUGUUGAAAAAUGGGCAUCUUUGACAAAGGAGCCUUAUAAUGGCAACUCCUCAACUAGUACUCAAACUGUAUUUGGAAAAGUGUCCAAACAAUUCUAUUCCUAUAGAGAAGCUCCUCCAGCUCUGUUACCCCCAACCUUAUCACCUCACUUAUGGGAUAAUAUGAUUGACGCAGAAAGAUAUGCAGAAGACACUUUAGAAGCUGCAACAUUUUUAGAAGGAUUGGAACAACUACGUCAACAGUCAAGAGGCAACAUUGCCUUUACCUAUCGAGAUGGAUUGUUACCCAUAGGUACACUUCGAGAAUGGUCCCAAUAUCUGUUGCAUAAUGUCUCUGAAUGAAAUAAUCCGUGUUUUGUAGAUUAA